AAAUAACAGCACUCUUCUCAGCAUAACAUCCAUUUGGAGAAGGCCUCUGUUCUCUUCAACCUGGGAGCCAUCGGCACCCACAUUGCUGUCUCCUUCGAUCUCACCACCAUCCAAGGCCGUCGCUUUGCCAAGGACGCCUUAAUGAAUGCUUCACGUUGGUUCUAUCUACUGUCCAAGUUUGAGUCUCGCAAGGCAUCUGGCACGAUUGACUUGUCAGAACACUACAUCCAUAUGAUAAAGUUACAGUUUCAAGAGUUGGAAUUGAAGUUUCAUGUUCCCCAACCUGAUGAACCAGGAUAUCCUGCUUCAGCUUAUGAUCCGUCGAGUGAUGUCACUGAACAAUUUCUUUUAGGGUAUUUUACUGCUCACUUCAUGCUUCAAGGGAUAUGUCGAGCAGCACCAUGCUUGGACCUUCUCUCUGAGGUUAGCCCCGUCAAGAUUAAGGAUGGAAAUCUUGUGGCCAAUGCCGCAACCUGAGGCACCAAAUUUGGCAUUGGAGAACUUGAGCUUUUAGAACAUUACCGUAGAGGAAAACUCUAGGAAUUAACUAAUUUACUUUUUUAAAUUGGAUGUUGGAACUUUGUUGGUUGAUACUAGAACUCUUCUUGUGAAAUAUUAUCCUCGUGAUUUUGUUUGUUGAUGCAUGAAUAUAUAUUCCUUCUUAUUCAUCACC